AUGACGCGAGAGAUGACAGUGUGCGAGCGCGUACGAGCGCGAGCGCAGGAUCCUGCAACGCGGCAGAAGACGGCGGUCCGGUAUUACGAUUCAUUAGCCGGUUCGGCGACGACGUUGAGUUACGAUGAAUUAGUCCGAAUUGCUGAACGCGUCGGACGCAUUUUAAGGAGGAGCGCUGCGCGAGGUGGGGACACGAAGACAGUUUCGUGUUGUGGUAUCAUGUUGGAGGAUGGUGCGGACCUUUUCGUCUGUCAGCUCGCUUCCAUGUUCGCGGGUUUGGCAGUACUGCCGUUGAGCCCGCGCGAUCCGGCAAGACGGCUCGUGAGCAUAUUCGAGGACGCUCACGUGAGCGUCGUCAUCGUUCGAAACGUCGCGGGAGAGUCGUUGUUACGUGAAGUCGGUGGAGAUGUGAAGGUUUGGCUCGCUGAUACCUUACUCGCGACGUUUCGCACGUAUUCUUCACCAGCGGAUCCACAGGACGGCCGAAAAGGUUGCGUCGCGUCGCAUGCGGCGCUGAUUGCCUACUGCGACUCGAAAAAUACUGCUCACGAGAUAGAUAGCGAGAGCGUGGUGUUUUGCGCGAGCAGUCACAUGUUUGAUCCGCACUUUACGGAUUUCUGUAGCGCUCUCGUGGCUGGUGCCACUCUGGUUUCCGCGGCGCGCGAGAUCACAUUGGCGAAGCUGAGUGGUAUAUUGCGCCUCAGCGGUGCUACACAUUGUCUCACGACCCCGGUCCUACUUGCUUCGAUAACAGAUGUCGAAUCACUUCGGGCAUGUCCCUUACGCUUGGUGGCGCUCGGCGGAGAGACCAUGUCCAAAUCACUUGCCCAAAGUUGGCUCAACGUCGGCAUUCGAGUAGUAAACACGUAUGGGGUCACGGAAUGCGUGGCGUAUCAAUCGUUCAAGGAGAUUACGGACCCGGUCAGAGAGGACACGCGCGCUUUGGGAGAUCCACUUCCAGGAAAUAGGUUCAUUUUUGCCGCAGAGCCCGGGGAUGACCCAAACAUAGAGGCGCAACCGGGACGGCUAGCGGAGCUCUGGAUUGGAGGGAAACAAGUCUGCGACGGAUAUUUAAACCGCCCAGAGCUUACCAAGGCUAGUUUCAGGAACGGUAUGUACCGUACAGGAGACAUCGUGAAGAUGUGCGAAGACGGUAACCAUAUCGUUGUCGGUCGACGUGACGACCAGGUAAAAGUUUCAGGUCAGCGCGUUGAACUCGGCGAGAUAGAGGAGGCCAUACGGAGGACGUGUGGUAUCUUUAUUGACGAGAAUAAGUGUGUAUUGAACAAGUACAAGCAACUCGUGGCUUACUGCAUAGGCGAUUGCCCGAAGGGUGUGGACGCUUUGAUUUCUGAAUCGUGUCGUUUCAUGGUGAGAAAAGAGGUGCCGCAACACAUGGUCCCUUUGGCGUUCGUAUUUGUCGAAGCGUUUCCGGUAACACCAACUGGCAAAAUAUCGAGAUCAACCCUCAUUGAUCGAACUGUCGAAUAUCACGGUGGAGACUGCGCUGUCGGUUUUGGAAAGUUUGGAGUCGAUGUGGCGCGCAUAUGGUCGGAGGAGCUAGGAGUAGACGUUUCUUUUGGCGACUGUCACUUCAUCGCCAUGGGGGGCGACUCUCUCGCCGCACUACGAGUCGUUCAGCGUGUGAAGACACUUGUUAUCGGACGGGACGGCACUACAGGCGGCACGUUCGGUGAGGCGCUGGGAGUUUUCUCUCCGGCAGAGCUGUUGCAACGUCCUGUGUUGAACGACUAUGCUCGAUUCAUUCGUGUCCAUACGGCGUCCUGGCCAAAGUAUGAUUCCGAUGCAGACGAGGACAAGGACGGCGAUGAGGAUGAGGAUGAGGAGCGACGCUUGUCGAGGGGUAGCGACGUUGGUCAGAGAUUGCUAUUCAGCGCCACCGCGGCUGGUUACGAAAACGUCGUCAAAGCUCUUGUCGCCGCUGGCGUAUCUAUUGAUCCCAAGUCUGGCAGUACACCGCUACAUUUGGCUUGUUCAAACGCGAGAUUAGGCUGUAUUCGAGCCUUGAUCGAGUGCGGUGCCUCUGUGAACGCGUUCGGGACGCGUCGGCGCACUCCAUUGUUAGCGGCCGUAUCGACGCAAGCGUGCUCGGCGCCAAUCAUAGACGUGCUGGUUGAGGGCGGAGCGAACGUAAGCGCCGUUGACGAAGACAAACAGACCGCUCUGCACAUCGCCGCAAGAGUAGGUGUGUCCUCUUCGGUCAUAGCUGCACUGUUAGAUCAAGAAUCGAUGUCGAAAACGAAGGCUUCAAAACCGAAGCCGAGGCUGGGCAUCAAUGCGCUCGAUGGCUGGGGCCGGACCGCGUUACACUGGGCCGCAGUCAACGGACAUCGAAAUGCGUGUAAGGACCUUAUAGAUAGAGGCGCUGACAUUGCGAUUCGAGAUCACAAUGGCGAGACUGCGCGAGAAAUCGCGGAGCGUCGCGCGUUGUGUUCGGCCCAGGAGCGUCCAAAAGGCGGGCGGCCGAGCACGUGGGGCGACAUCGCCACCCUCCUAGGAGGAUCCGGCGCUACAAAGCACCUCAAGGCAUCUUUCGCGUAG